AUGGAUGGUGAUCAGAACGAGAUGGUCAACUUCAUCAUGGUAUGGGUUGUAGUCUUGGCUUCUCUCUGUUAUUGUCAUAUGAUUGGAAGCCACUUUUCCAGCGCCACCAUCAUCAGGCCUUUAGCCCUACUUCCUGUAAUUUGCCUAUUUGUUGUCCUUCCCAUGAAUCUCACCACCAUUUCCCUCGGGGGCACCACCGCCUUUUUCGUAGCCUGGCUUGCCAAUUUCAAGCUUCUCCUCUUUGCCUUUGAUCAAGGCCCUUUGUCUUCCAAUCCUCCAACUCCACUGCCUUAUUUCAUAGCCUUGGCUUGUUUACCUAUCAAGGCUGCUCACCAACAGUAUCAAUCACAUCCAAAGUCAACGAAUGAGAAGAUCCAGAAGCCCUUGAAUGGCCAUAAAUCAACCAUUAACUAUGCAUCCAAGAUUACCAUUUUGGCGAUUGUUAUGCUGACAGUCAAGCAUGCUCAUUCAAAUCCAUGGUUUAUGUUAUUGAUCUACUGUGCCUUUCUUUACCUCGCGCUGGAGUUGAUUCUGGCGAUGACUGCCGGGUUGGCUCGAGGGUUGAUGAGGGCAGAGCUGGAGCCACAGUUUGAUGAACCGUAUUUAGCCACAUCGCUUCAAGACUUUUGGGGCAAAAGAUGGAACCUUAUGGCAUCAAAGAUUCUGCGACCUACAGUUUACGAUCCUGUUAGAUCCUUCUGUGAACCCAUGGCAGGAAGGAAAUGGUCUCCAAUUCCUGCAGUGAUGGCAACAUUUCUGGUAUCGGGCCUAAUGCACGAAUGGAUACUUUACAACAUCGGAAGAGUGAAACCAACAGGCGAACUUACGUGCUUCUUUCUCCUUCAGGGAGCCUCUGUGGCUGCAGAAAUAGGAAUUAAGAGAAUCCUAAGUGGGAGGUUUCAGGUCCCUGUCGCACUAUCAAGGCUUUUACAAAUAGCUUUUGUCUUGUCUAGCAGUUUCUGGCUGUUCUUCCCUCCUUUCAGAAGGGGGAAAGCAGACACAAAAACCUGCACAGAAAUUCUUGCCUUCAUAGAAUUUCUCAAGACCAGCAGCCUUGUCAGCCCAAGUAGUACGUCCUGUCCAUUCCUCUAG